AUGUCUACCCACGAGCUCGAGUUCGCCGUCCUCAAAGCCCACUUUGACACACAUUAUGCAACCAAGCCUGAGGAGGUCUGCGCGGGCUGCCUCCGUGUUGCUGAAUAUGGACCCUUGCGUAAAUGCAUUGUUUCCGGUGUUAGAAAGUCGUGUGAUAAUUGUCAUUUCCGUGGCAUAAAGUGUUGCGCUAUCCUCAAAGAGUCUCAUUCCAUCGUCGAAUUUUAUAUCAGAAGAUCAUGCGAGGUGAUGUGUCGGAAGCAGGGAGAUAAUGAUGACUAUCACAAUGUCAUGAAGGAGUUAAAGAGUACGCUGAGGGCAGCCAACGAUUUGGUCAGGUUUUAUAAGGGUGUUACAAUGGAACCAUUUGUUGAAGGAGGUCCCCGGGUUGUUGUCGGUGCAGAUGAUGGAGUUGACUUGCGUAAUGCAAGCCGUUUUUUUGAUGAGGAGUUGCCAAUGGGUUUUCCUUUGUGCCCGGUGGAUCUCGUUGAUCGUAAGGUUGAUGGAGGGAUUAUUGAGGAGUAG